CAUAUCAAGAUGGCUACUCCUUCAGGUUAUAUGAACAUGGCGCUUCUUGUUCUGAUCAUCUGGUUUCUUAUCAGGCUUAGCCUUACUAUUGAAGCUAUCCCUGAAUACCGAUACAGUGUAUGUCCAAACACAUCCACUUUCACACCAAACAGCACCUACCAAUCCAAUCUCAAUCAACUCCUGUCUUACCUGACCUCCAAUUCCACUCGCGACACCGGAUUCUACAACACCUCUGCUGGCCAAGACCCUGGAAAUGUUGUUUACGGCUCGAUUCUAUGUCGUGGCGACGUAACCAUAGAUAUGUGCCAAGAAUGUGUGACAAUUGCAUCCAAAGAUUUAGUUGAGAAAUACUGUUCCGUAGCAAAGGUGGCUGUAAUAUGGUACGAUCGUUGUAUGAUACGUUACUCGAAUGAAUCUUUCUUUGGCAACAUGGACGAUUCUCCUUCCGUUUCGAUAUCAAACACACAAGAUAUUUCCGAGCCAGUCCGGUUUAAUCAGCUGUUACAAGUAUCGAUGAACAACUCUGUGACAAGAGCCGCGGAUGCUCCAACAGGGGCUAAAAAAUUUGCCACGGAAGAAGCAAGCUUUACAGCAAACGACACGUUGUACAACCUAGUUCAAUGCACCCCAGACCUGAACAGCUCCGAUUGUGAUAGGUGUCUCCGAGGAAUGGUUGCACGUCUUACGAGUUGUUGUUAUGGACGGCGUGGGGGAAAUAUUUUGAGUCCUAGUUGUAAUAUUAGAUACGAAAUCUACCCUUUUUACGAGCUGGCGGCUGCACCAACCCCGACACCGUUGCUUGUUCCUCCUCCACCUUCAUCCGGAUCUGACGGAAAAAAUCAAAUCUCAACAACACUUAUAGUUUCCAUUGUUGUUCCAAUAUUUGCUGUUAUUUUUUUCCUUUCCUCUGUAGGAUACUGUUUCCUAAGAAGAAGAACAAAGGAAAAGUACAAUGCUAUACAAGAAAGAAAUGAUGGCAAUGAUAUAUCUACUGUAGAAUCGUUGCAAUUUGAUUUGAGUAUUAUUAAAGUAGCCACAAACAACUUCUCUGGUGGUAACAAAAUAGGCGAAGGUGGAUUUGGCGAGGUUUACAAGGGAAUACUUCCAAACGGGCAACAUAUAGCUGUGAAGAGGCAUUCAAAAAGCUCUGGGCAUGGAGGAGAAGAGUUUAAGACUGAGGUUGUAUUGGUAGCGAAGCUUCACCACAGAAAUCUGGCUAGGCUAUUGGGAUUUUGCUUGGAAGGAGAAGAAAAGAUUCUUGUUUACGAAUUUAUGCCCAACAAUAGCCUUGACCACUUCCUAUUUGACCUUGACAAGCAAGGACAUUUGGAUUGGUCGAGGCGUUCCAAAAUUAUUAAUGGGGUUGCUCGAGGGAUUCUUUAUCUUCAUGAAGAUUCUCAAUUGAGAAUUAUACAUCGUGAUCUUAAAUCUAGCAAUAUAUUGUUAGAUGAGGAAAUGAAUCCAAAAAUUUCAGACUUUGGGCUGGCAAAGAUUUUUGGAGUUGACCAAACUCAGGGGAACACAAGUAGGAUUGUUGGGACAUAUGGUUACAUGUCACCAGAGUAUGCAUUUCAUGGAAAAUUUUCUGUGAAGUCCGAUGUUUACAGUUUUGGUGUAAUAAUUUUGGAGAUUGUAACUGGCAAGAAAAAUAGCAGUUUUCUUCAAUCAGAUGGUCCCACAGACCUCCUGAGCUAUGCUUGGAAACAUUGGAUGGAUGGGACAAUAUUGGAGAUGUUGGAUCCUAGCCUUGGAAAUUCUUAUUCGAGAAAUGAAGUAAUUAGAUGUAUUCAUAUUGGCUUACUUUGUGUAGAGGAAGAUCCAGUGAGCAGACCCACCAUGGCAACGAUAGUUCUCAUGUUAAGCAGUUACUCUGUCUCAUUGGCAUUACCUCGCAAGCCAGCUUUUUUACCGCAAACUCGAACUAACCAAGACAUGCCUUCAGUUGGGAUCGAAUCCAACAAAUCUACAAGCAAGUCUAAGUCAACUACUAUUAAUAAUAUGUCCAUUUCUGAAAUUUUUCCUCGGUAGGGUUAAUUUAUCAUUGAAGGCAUUGUCCAUUGCCAGGCCAGCUUUUCUACUGCAUCUGCCAUUUUUUAAGACAAGUAUCAAUGUUUUUUAAGACAAGUAUUAGUUCUCGAAGUAUUCAAUUCUGUUUUUUGUAAUUGUAAAUGAAAUUUUCGUUUUAAUAUUUCUUGUCAAACACUAUAAAAAAGUAUCUAUCUUAAAAAUUGACAAUCAAAAAUAAU